AGCGCAACCCGAAUUUCAUGGACAUGUCGUCAAGGAUGUCGCUCUGUCUCUGAUGAUAUGCCCCUUCUGUGUCCUUGACUGCAGCUUGCCAGUUGGCGAGCGGAUGGGACAAUGGAUUUCACAUGAUCUCUUCGUUCCGCACCUUGUCCUUCACAUUGACGACAUUGACGAUGGGAAGUUCUGUCCUGUCCCAUCCUGUGGCUCGACCGUCUUUUCAAAGUACGGAAUAUAAUGGCACUUGAUCACAUUUCACCGCGUCCCAACGGCCCGUGCCACCAACCACCAGAACGAACAGCAACUCUAUCUCCCCAUCAAGGACGGAGAUAGAUACAAAACUGAAUCCAAGCGCAAGUGA